UAAUUGCCACACGACAAGUGACAUGAAUCAAGUGUGAUUCAGAGUUAGGAAAUAAGCACAAAAUGCACUAGACUUCUUAGUUCACUCAGAGAAUGAAUAUAUAUAUAUAUAUAUAUACAUUGAUCCCUGUGAAAAUGUAGGGCAUUUCACUACUCAUCUGCAGUCGAGGGCCAAAAAAAAAAAAAGAGAGAAAAAAAGAAUGUAUCAAUCUCGAAGAAAUGCAGUCCCAGUUCUGCUGGUGCUAAUGGUCACCAUGGCAGGUUUCCUGGUGCUGGAAACCAGGGGGAGUCCUUGUGUAAGCACUUUCUUCUCUGCCCUUGUUCAGCUGAUUCCAUGUAGGGCAGCAGUUGCUCCAUUCAGUCCCUACCAACCAAACGAGGCUUGCUGUGUUGCCCUCAAAGCUCUAGGACAGCCCUGUUUAUGUGUACUUAUCAAUGGUCCUCCGAUUUCAGGAGUCGAUCGCAGCCUGGCCAUGCAGCUUCCUGAAAAAUGCGCUGCCAACUUUGAAGCAUGUAACCUUUUUUAG